AUGGGCUACACCACCACAGCUUCCUGUGAGAUCAUCCAAACAACUUCCACAGGCUCCUUUAACCAGACCCUCUGCUUCCCGGUGGUGGUGCUGCUGGAUGAGCCGUCCACGGGGAUGGACCCCAAAGGGCAGCAGCAGACGUGGCAGGCGAUUCAGAGCACAGUCAGAAACAAGGAGCGGGGCGUCCUCCUGUCCACCCACUACAUGGCUGAGGCCGAGGCCGUGUGCGACCGUGUGGCCAUCAUGGUGUCCGGGAGGCUCAGGUGUAUUGGUUCCAUUCAACAUCUAAAGAGCAAGUUUGGGAAGAAUUAUUUAUUAGAAGUAGAAAUGAAGAGAGUCCACGUGGAGAUUCUGAAGCCUUUCCCACAGGCUGCUCGGCAGGAAAGGUAA